AUGGAAAACCCAGCACAAGCUGCGCCAAUCGCUCAGAAGCGUCCCCUGGAAGAAGAUGUCGAACCCUCUACACCUGUCAAGGCGAUUAGAUCAGAAACAUCCACACCGUUAUCUGUUCUUUCAGUCCAGACACCCUCGCCUCCAAAAACCAGCGGUCCCACCUUGACAGCCCCCGCUAGUACCAAUACACUGCAGACUCCCACUCAGUCAGCCAAAAGACGCAGGCUCACAUCGCAAGAGAAGGAGGAACAGCGUCUGGAAAAGGAGGCCAAGGCCAAGGCACGGGACGAGAAGAAGGCACAGAAGGAAGCCGAAGACAAGUUGAAGGCGGAGAAAAAAGCCCAGAAAGAGGCCGAGGACAAACUGCGGGCUGAACAGAAGGCACAAAAGGAAGAAGAGAGACGAAAGAAAGCCCAAGAGCGAGAUGAGAAACGGAGGCAGAAAGAAGAGGAGGCGCAGCAAAAGGAAGAGGAGAGACUUAGGAAAGAACGAUCUCAAAUGAAGCUGAACGCCUUCUUCGCAAAGCCAAAAGAUUCUGGAAGCAGUGGAAGACAGGCAGCGGUAGCCUCCACCCAUGAACCCCUCGCACAAUCAGUAUCAUUAUUACCAGACCGAACCGGAGCGGUUACUAACUCGCUCCCCCCAUCUCCACAGAAGAGUAGCAUCAAAAAUGCGCAGUCAGACUACGAUCGAUAUUUCCUCCCGUUCAAUUUACCUGCGCAUACCAUACUGGCUUCCAAGAACAGUUUACUAGACAAUCCUGCCAAGUUAGAAGCUGCUCGGAGUCGGCUUGACAAUUUGAUUGCAAAUGGAGCUACCUCCAAUGACUCCAUCACAUGGCAGACUUUGCGUUGCUUAUUUCCAUCACGACAUCGCCGAGGGUUCAAGACUGCGACAGUAACGGAGAUCAUUGACUGUGUCAACGCCUCGUCUGAUUGUCCCAUUAACUUGACCGCUGACGUGACUACAAGUACGCGACAGCCCCUAGACAUGCUCAAGGACAUUCCAAUGAAAUACAUUCACUUCUCAGAAGAUGUCCGCCCUCCAUAUUAUGGCACAUAUACCAAAAACUACGGGGAUGCAGAAGCGCGUCGGCUGGCACGUAAUCCCAUUGCCCGUGUUCGCAAAGAUACACAGUAUGACUACGACUCUGAAGCCGAGUGGGAGGAGCCAGAAGAAGGUGAAGAUCUCGAUUCGGACGGAGAAGAUGAUGGCGACGAAGAUAUCGAGGACGAUAUGGAUGGCUUUUUGGAUGAUGAUGAAGAUGCUCAACUGAAGCGACGACUCAUCAGUGGCGAUCUUGUUCCUGUCAGCACUGGCCUAUGCUGGGAGGAUUCAGACCAUGUCUCGAAGCUGAACGAUGGAUCAGGAGCCAUCUGUACCGACUUCAAAGACUUCACCAUGGGAUACCUGUUCGAUCAAGAGGUUGUCUCAAUUGAUCCCUUCUCUGAUUCAUACUGGUCACCUGAGCCUUCUCAGCUCACAUCAGCCGCAACGACAACGAACAAGGGACCGACUGGUGAUGGACCCAUGAAUCCCCCUCGGGCGCCUCUGGCACAGCGCACCAUGAACGGCCUCCUCAACACCUUGAAUACUCCUUCGGUACCACAAGCGGGCAGUUCAGCCAAGCCGGCGAAAGCAAAGCGCAUGGUACCUUCUGAACAGCUCCCAGCGUUCAAGGCGGAAGUGGAUGGCAAGGACCUGACCAAACUCGGUAUGAUCGAAGCACUCAAGAAGGCGUUUCCCAAACUCCCGAAAGACGCGAUUAGUAACACUUUGAGUGUUGUCGCUGCACGAGUUGGUCCCACCGAGAAAGAGAAGCGAUGGGUGCUGAUCAAUACUUGA